GGGACAAGACGCGUUGCGUCAGCUGAGCGCGUAAGCUGAAGUAGCGUUGUAGCCGGAUACGAGAGGUAAGCAUGAUACAAAUCGCCGUCAAGGAUUACGAGAAACUAAGGGAAGAAAGAUGCCGGUGUAUAUUUACGAGAUUUACAAGUAUUAUGCGAAUGUUGUUCAUAUAAACGCCAAACGCAAAGAUGCUAUGGAUGUUAUACCAACGAACCGUCUCGUUUUUCCUCUCAUCUUUGUCGCUGGAAUUGCAUUUGCUGUGAUCGGCACGUUGUUGUCACGAUACCUACGCGGUUUGUCUAUCGAUGCUGCAAACUCUCCUUCAAAAGUGUUCAUUCCUCUUCCCGCAGAAAGUUUCUUAAACGUUUACGAUGACAACACGCUCAGCGAUUCGCUGGGCAGUACCGAACUCGGUAAAGUGAUCGAAAUUCAGGAUACAGCCACGUCAACAGCGGAGGCUCUGACGUCUUUGCAUCUGGCGUUGGAUAUGAAAAUGUCCGGCAAGCAGAAGAAAGCUAUAAAGUUGUUUCAGCAUGCGAUGGCACUGGCGCCUCGCCAUCCGGAUAUCUUGAAUCACUAUGGAGAAUUUUUGGAGUACACUGAAAACAAUGUGAUUAAAGCCAACGAGUUUUACGUGCGCGCUUUAACUUACGAGCCCAAUCACGAAGGCGCUUUGAUAAACAGUCAGAGAACAGCUCGUGUUGUUGAGGAACUUGACAAAAGAAUGCUCAGACGUCUUGAUGAAAAGAGAAAUGCACUGUCGGCGAUACCUGAACACGAUGCUGCAUUGAUACGUGCCAAGAAAGAGGCUUACUUUCAACACAUUUAUCACACAGUUGGAAUUGAAGGGAACACUAUGAAUCUUGCGCAGACAAGAGCUAUAGUUGAAACACGCAUUGCCGUUGCUGGGAAAAGUAUUGAUGAACACAAUGAAAUCCUCGGAUUAGACGCCGCCAUGAAAUAUAUCAAUGCGACCUUGGUCAACAGAGUAGGGUCCAUUUUUAUAAAAGAUAUACUGGAGAUACACAGACGUGUGUUGGGACAUGUAGAUCCUGUCGAAGGUGGUGAAUUCCGAAGGACUCAAGUGUACGUUGGUGGUCACAUACCUCCUGGUCCAGAUGACAUACAUUAUUUGAUGGAAGAGUUCGCGCUAUGGUUAAACAGCGAGCGAGCUAUCAGAAUGCAUCCAGUGAAAUACGCGGCUCUCGCGCAUUAUAAAUUAGUACACAUCCAUCCGUUUGCCGAUGGAAAUGGCAGAACGUCCCGCUUGCUCAUGAAUAUGAUUCUCAUGCAAGCCGGAUAUCCGCCUGUUAUCAUUCAUAAGCAACAUCGUCAUAAGUAUUACGAGAAUUUACAAAUAGCGAACGACGGAGACAUAAGACCAUUCGUGAGAUUUAUCGCAGAGUGCACGGAACAAACUUUGGAUUUGUUUUUGUGGGCAACCAGCGCGUAUUCUCGCCAAGUUCCGGCUCUGAGCCAAGAGACUCUGUUUCCGGAAAAACAAAAUACAAUUUUUCUGGGGGACGAGGAGAGUAGCGAGACUUUAGAAGAUGAUUGAUGAGUAGUCAUUUUAAUCGAGAUCUGAAGUAUUUUUGAGACCAAGGAAUUUUUAACAUAUUAUUUGUAUUUGAGCUUUAUUUAUUAAUAAUUGUAAAAAUAAUCUAUUUAAAAAGACUAGACGUGAUAAGAAAUAAGUGCUGAGCAUUCACUUGAAUUAGUUUCAAGUUUUUAAUAAACCAAAGGCCAGAA